UAGAAAGGAUACGAUUUUGGCGUGCCUUUGAAUCCAAAUCAAAGAAAAGAAUGAAAUUGGGGUGGGCCAUUAGCUUCAAAAGGGGUAUAAAAUCAUUGUCGGAAGACUUCUCUUUUACUACGUGCUGUUCAAUGUCUUAAUCCCACAUUUGCAAUCGCCAUCAAUGGCCUAAUGGAUGUUUUGCAUCUGAAGCAAUCACCAAUUGUUAUGAUUUGACUGCAAAGCCAAUUUACAAGCAAAUGUAUACAUGUUGUAGUGAGAUAAAAAUGCUACCCUCUCUGUUUCUUCUUCAAGGACAUACACAUGGCUUGUUUGCAGAGGGCAUCGCCGGCACUCAAACAGAUCUUGAUCAAAUUACACAGUGAUGAAAAACCAGCGGAGAUUGAUCACCAUCUAUAUGAAUUUGGGUCUGUCAAAUAUCAUAUUCAGGCUUCAGUGUCAGAUUCCCAAAACAUCUACUUGUCGCUAUCAACCCCACCAAUAUUGCCAGAGGUUCUUCCCAAUGGCCUACCACAAAGUACCUUGCAAGCCGUAAAAAAAGUUCAUCCUGAUAUUGUGGAAGUUGUUGAGCAUCCUGAAGAAGGAUUCCAACUUACUCUAAAGCUUAACUUUGCUAAACUUCCACACAGAAGAGAUUGUAUCAAGGUGAUCUCAGACAUUUCCUCACUGCAAGCAGUGAUACUAAGCUCACAACUGAAAGAAACGCUAUGGAGUCUUGGUUCCCGGGAUAUCUCACAUGGCAUGUACAAGCCCAUCAAACUUGUCUACCAUCCAAGGGAGCCGUUCUUUGUUAUAAGAAUGCCAGAAAAGACCACAGCAAUAUUUCCCAUGCGCUUUAGAGAUGAUUCGGAUGUGAUUCUUGCAACUGCCUUCUUUCAGGAACUCAUGGAUGUGGGAUCUUCGUCAGCUUGGGCCAAAGCACCUCCUUGCACCUGGUCACCCAUUCCUCCUCCCGAGUUGAGAGGAGAGCCUUUUCAAGAUUUGAGUACCAAUGGAGGAUUUGUAUCUUUUGAUAUAUUUUCACGCCAUGUUGAAGGUACAAGAUUGGACAAGACAGUGUGGAGUCUAUUGAACUUCUACGCCUAUGUGAAGUAUCAUGUAAAGUGUACGAGAGGUUUCAUACAAAGAAGGAUGAGAAAGCGUUUGGAAAUUUUGGCUGAGGCGAUUAACUUGCACUACAAGGUCCCUUAGUUCUAAUGACCAGUUCACCUCAUUUUAAUUAUCUUAAAAGAGUGAAAGUUUCAUUAGGGAGAAGAAAACCUAUGGUAUAAGUUGACAUGCUUGAAGUAGGUACUGUACGCAUGGUUGGCACUUGGCGUAUUGUCAGGAAGUGCUAGAUAUGUUAUGCUUCACAUCCAGGUCCAUCUAAAAUGUCAUGACACUAGAUGGAGACAAAAGACACUGAUAUUGAAAUGAAAUUUUCAUUUCAAAAACGUGGGUAUUGAUAUGGUCUAAUAGCAGAUUUAAAACAUGAAUGUGAGAGUUGAUAGUAUAGUUUCCAAUAGCCAUGUAUGUAAGAUGCGGUGGCAUGCAUUCCUUUCCCAAUCUAUAUAAUAUUGUAUUAAAACUUAGCAUCAUAGAAGCAUCAGGGAAUCAGAGUAUUACCAAGGUAAUUAAGAAUAGAUGAAUGACAGGGUCCUUACUCAUGCCUCAGUGGUAGACUCGCAAGAGUUUCAACACAAGGUUAUGGGUUCGAGUACCCAUGGUGGUCAAAUCCCACUGUGGUGUGACUGCGUGGGUGUGUGUGGGGUGUGAGUGCGUGUGAAAAAAAAAAAAGGGUACAAAUGACUGACCAUAACGACUAGAACGAGGACCGUGGGGCACCACAAUCCUUGUUACCAUCGUGAAAGAAGACGAACUACUAACAUUCUCACUUGCAAUUUGCAGGCGGUAAAUGAAGCAGGGAUAAGAGGAGAUCAGAAUGCUAUGAAGGUUGAAGGUCAUUGUUGCAUGAAGAAAAUAAUAAGCUUCUCAAAGUCUAAGAUCCUUAGAAGACACUGCGGCACCUUCACCAAGAAGAUCAUGAGAAUUCAUUCACCAAUUAAGAUUCAGGGAUUUGACCGAUUCCGUCGAAAAUGGUUGAAGAUUCCUAAAUUCACUUCCUUGAGAAAAUAUACCAAACUAGACUGAUUGUGAUGUAGAUUUAUCAAGAAUCCAUACCUUUGAUUGUUGCAAUAAUCCCAAGGUGUAUGCAAUGUUGGUCUAAUUUUUUCAAUUCCCAUCAUAAAACAGAGGCUCCUACUGUUUGUUUGUAUCUAACAGUGCUGAAGUACUUAAAAUGAUCAAAGUAAGGAACAUGACAACAACUUUGUUUAAAGCUAUGAUUUCUUCAAGUUUGGAUUCCGACCAAGGGAAGUACUUUGCUAUUAUCCCCACUUCAAGCU